GCUGUUAUUAAAUUUUUCGGUCGAGUAAAAUUUUGUUAGAAAGGAUUGAUUUCUAAGAAAUAAUCGCAAUUAUUACACAAAAGAUCGCCCGUUAACCGAUUUCCUGCAAUGGAUUUUGUCCAGGAAGCGGUCUUUCUCGGCGUUGACGUGCUGGUCCUUGGGUUGUGCUUCCGCGAGUAUUACCAGCUUAAAAAGAUCAGCAAAGCUUUGAAGGAUGCCCCCCAAUUAGCGAUCGACGAUACGCUGACCGACCGGUUGCGCAAAAGUGGCAACAAAAUCAACUAUGGGGUGAUUCGGGGAACGGUCACCCCCAUUGGGACUCCUAUGCACGCCGUGAUGUCUCCGUCGGUGACGGGCGUUUUGCAGAUUAUGAAGCUGAACGAACACCGCGUAGCACGCGGAUUUGCCGGAUUCUGGGCCGAACAACGCAAAUUGAUUCACAUCUCGUGCAAUGAAGUUCCCUUCAAGCUAGCAAGUGGAAAGUUAGGCGUAGAGGUAGUCGAUGGCCUAUCGGCUGAGAUUCUCGACAUGGACACCGUAUACGACAAUUACGAGCCAAGCAGUUUGUCUCUUUUCGACCACAUCUUUGGAUUCUUCUCCGGAGUUCGCCAGAAGGGCAUGCAAACCACGGAGGAAGUUCUGCGGGACGGAAGCUUUAUUACGGCCGUGGGAGAACUGGAGUUGGACGGGGACAGUGUCAGGCUACAGCCGUCGACGGUUGCGCCAAUGUUUCUGACAACUGCGACGAAGAAUACUCUCGUAAAGAAAUUUGAAGAAGCGAAAAACUCCAUGCUGUUCAAGGUGAUCGUUUGCGGAACCAUUUCGGCCGUCUUGGUGGGACUGAUCGCAAAAAAGAUCUACCGUCGCAAGAAGAUGGAGUGGGAAGAACAAAAGCUGCGGGAUAAGCUGGAUAAGUCAAGACUGCAACGAAGGGUUCAGGCUAGGCAGCAGGUUUUCAGCGACGAGCAGCGCUGCGUCGUGUGCGUGGACAAUCCGAAGGAGGUCAUCUGUCUGCCCUGUGGCCACGUUUGUCUGUGCGAAAAUUGCGCCCAAAAGAUCAAACUGAACUGCCCGGUUUGUCGAUCCAAGAUCGAAACUAAAGCUGCUGCAUUUAUCACGUGAAGGGCUUUAUUCUGGUAAGUAUAUUUAAAGAAGGAAAUGGAUUCAAAACUUUAUUUAUAAAGAAUGUUUAUAAAUGUUCACGUUACGCUUAAAAAUGCA